AUGAAGGCAUCAAUUGAUUCAGUCCAAUUAUAUAUGAAUAAAGGGAAUUUCGAUAUAUCACUAUUAAUAAUAGAUCAGAUUGCAAAAGAAUCAGAACUUACUGAAGAAGUUCAAAAUUUCAAAAUUGAAUGCUUGUAUUCUCUUCAUAGAUAUCUAGAAGCACAUGAAUUAGCCAGUAAAUAUGCUGAAGAAGGAAACGAAAGUCAAAAUCUUACAUUUUUAAGAGGAUUAAUAUGCUUUGCAUUAGAAUUAUAUGAAGAGGCCGCAUCUCACUUUAAGAUAAAUAAACAAUGGUCUCGUUGGGUUACUAAAUCGAACUUGAUGCAUCAAAUUUCAAGGAAAGAUGUACAACCAAUAAUGUUUAGUGCAGAGCCAAAGCUUUAUGAAAAAGAUUCAUAUUCACUUUCAUGGUCACAAACAGAAAAUGAAGUUAUUUUAUCAGUAAUAAUUCCAAACAUUGUACCAAGCCAAAUUAAAGUACAAAGUUUUCAACGAUCACUUGAUAUAACAAUUACAAAUGGAAUAAAAACAAUAGAAUCUAUUGCUGUUGAUCUUGAAAAAGAAAUUUUAACUAGAAAUACCUCAUUCAACGUAUAUCCUGAUAGAAUCGAUUUCAUUUUACAAAAAGCUGUUUCAGGACAACUCUGGAACUUCGAACCGAAGCAAAACGAACCAGAAAUUACAAUGGAUACAAUUCUGGCAGAAUUAUCAACCUUAUCUAAUCCAUCUCACGAUGAGGCAGCUGCAGGUUUCCAAAAUAUGCUUAAAUCUACAAAUGCUGAUUACACUUCUUCAGAUGAUGAAAAUGAUUAUUCUGAUCAAAUUCCUGAGCCUAAAUCAGACGAUGUUAAUAUUGCUUAG